UAGUCCGAACAGAGCCUCAUCAGGGUCCGGUCAGUCAGUUGGAUCAUCACAUCAGUGUCCUCGGGGAAUUUAGGUUAGAUAUAUGCUCCCAUGGACUGUAACAGCCCCCACUCAUGAGUAGGUAUCCGUUUCCGAAACUCGAAUCUGGAUUACCUGUAUUGAGUGUUCCUAAUGCUGCCAAGAGGACAGAGGACAUCUCCCUCUCAUCUCCAUCUCAAUAUUAUCUGGUCGAAGGAUGGACGGAGAAACCAACCACUGAAGGAGACGUCGUCAUCGCCCGUCACGUCGUGAUUGGUCACAGCGUGACGUCCGACCACGUGAUUAGCCACAACUGGUCUAGCCGCCGCGUCAGCUCCCUGUUCCGCCAAUCAGCGCUCGCCAUACUCGGGGUUCUCACAUCGCCUGAGUCUCCCCCGUCUCCCUUUUCGAACUCUCUUCCUUUCUUCCCUUCCGCCCCGAUUCUCCCCCCCAUCCACCACCUAAUCACCAGUAGUCCUAGUAGAGGGCCUGCAACCCCCCGGCGUAGCCGCCACCUCUCCAUACUUACGCGUACCCUAUCCCCAUUACCCUCCCCAUCCCACCAGCUCGUCUAAUUCCGUCUCGUCUUCCUUCCUACUCCUCUUUCUUCUAUUCAUCUCGCCUACCGACUAACUAUCUGGACAUCUGGACAUCUGGACAUCUGGACGUUCUUUACAUUGACUCAACCGAGAACGGCAAUAAUCGUCUGCGACUUCCCGGCUCUGACUAGGUACGACCAGCAUCAGCUGCAUCGCCUCGCUCCAAAACUCCCGUCUGCCUGUGGCGGCAUUUCGUCUCGAAAAGACCGGGCUGUGCAUACGACGACGAUUCCAAGAGCGUGACGACUGCGGUCCACGCCGUCCGACUCAUUAUCCGCUUCUGCCUCCGAAUCUUCCUCGACUC